UUUCAGUAGCAAAGCGACGCGAGAAGAGAGAGAGAGAAAAAAGUUAUCAGAGGGGAAAUUCUUCUAAAAAAACAACUUUUAAGUUUUCGGGGCCAGUUAACAAAGAAGAUUUAAAGAUGUCGUCGGGCGCUCUGUUUCCCAGCCUGGUGAGCGGCUCCAGGGGAAGCUCCAGUAAAUACCUGGUCGAGUUUCGUGCAGGUAAAAUGAGUCUGAAGGGGAACGUGGUGACACCCGACAAACGCAAGGGCACAGUGUACAUCCAGCAGUCCGACGACUCCCUCAUUCACUUCUGCUGGAAGGACAGGACCUCCGGGAACGUCGAUGAUGACUUGAUCAUCUUCCCUGAUGACUGUGAAUUCAAGAGGGUGAGCCAAUGCACCACGGGACGGGUCUACGUGCUGAAGUUCAAGGCCGGAUCCAAGAGACUGUUCUUCUGGAUGCAGGAGCCAAAGACGGACAAAGACGAGGAACACUGCCGUAAGGUGAACGAGUACUUGAACAACCCUCCCAUUCCCGGAGCUCCAGGAAGCGGAAGCGGCAGCGGCCACGAGCUCUCUGCCCUCGGAGGAGAAGGAGGCCUCCAAAACCUGCUGGGAAACAUGAGCCACAACCAGCUGAUGCAGCUCAUCGGACCGACCGGACUCGGAGGACUAGGAGGUCUGGGAGCUCUAGCAGGACCAGGACUUGCCAACCUGCUGGGAAGUGGAGGACCAGCUACCAGCAGCUCCUCAUCCAGCUCUCGUAGCCAGUCUGCAGCAGCUACUCCUUCAUCAGGCGCAGCUCCGAGACUGAGCUCCUCUCAGGCUCCGACUACUCCCGUGACUCCUGCUGCCUCUGCUGUGUCUCCCACUACUGUUACUCCCUCCACACCAGCUGCGGCUCAGACUCCGCUGGUCCCCGCCUCUGUUGGAAGUCCUUCCUCCCAUCAGCCCAUCCAGCUCAGCGACCUGCAGAGCAUCCUCGCCACCAUGAACGUCCCGGCGGCCGCUCAGGGAUCAGCUGUGGAUCUGGCGAGUGUCUGCACUCCGGAGAUGAUGGCUCCCAUCCUGUCCAACGCCGAGGUUCAGCAGAGGCUCCUUCCUUUCCUCCCCAGCGGAGAGAGUUUACCUCAGAGCGCUGAGGAAAUCCAAAACACGCUGAGCUCUCCUCAGUUCCAGCAGUCGAUGAGCAUGUUCAGCAGCGCCUUGGCCUCCGGGCAGCUCGGCCCUCUCAUGAAUCAGUUCGGUCUGCCAGCAGAAGCCGUGGACGCUGCCAACAAAGGAGAUGUGGAGGCGUUUGCUAAAGCCAUGCAGGGCAGUAAAGGAGACUCCAAAGACAAGAAGGACGACGACGAGGACAUGAGUCUGGAUUAAAACUCUCCUCAGCCUUUAUAGAAAUCAGAUUUUUCUCUCUCUCCUCUUUCUUUUUCUUUUCUUUAAUAUUUUUAAAAUGUUUCUAUACCAAAGGCGGCGGACUCUCUGCUCCCACUCAGGAUGAAUAGAGCUGUACUUUUAAUAAGUUAGGUCAGUUUUUAUUCUCCACCAUCACUGUGAAACAAUGUUAACUGUUACUUUGAUCUAACUCUGGUUAUAUACAGCUCUGCUCUGCUGUAGGUUAAAUCUGAAAGGAGAUGAAACAUAAAAACACGCAGAGAGAGAGAGAGAGAGA